UUAUUCAAAACACAUACAUAAACAAAACACAUAAUUUAAAAACACCUGAAGUCAAACAGCCGACUCAGUCUUGUAUUUCUAUCUAUCUAUCCAUCUAUCUAUUGGCUGCGUAAAACUUGUUUCAUUUGACGUUCUUGAAUCAUUAAAAUAUGCGUUACCAUGUCUCACACCAGCGGGCACCAGUUGAUAAGUAACGUGCACUGUGUGGCUGUCCUUUCCUGAAGAUAUUUGCAAUCGCAGGUCACGUCGAAAUGGAUUUCAGUAUCCGUGCUGCAAAACCCGAGGACAGCAAAGAUAUUUCUCGGAUGAUAAUGGAGUUGGCAGUUUACGAAAAGAUGCCGGACCAGGUGAAGAUUUCUCAUAAAGAGUUGGAGCAGGACGGAUUUGGUGCAAAUCCAUUUUACCACUGUGUGAUUGCUGAAGUGCCGGAGAAACAGAAGUCAAAAGAUGGACACACCACGGUUGGCUAUGCCCUCUUUUUCUACACGUACAGAACAUGGAAAGGUAGAACUAUCUAUAUGGAGGAUCUGUAUGUUAUGCCAGAAUUCCGAGGCAAAGGCAUUGGGAAGGCUUUGAUGAGCACUGUGGCCAGGAUUGGUCAGGAGCAGCAGUGUGCAUGUCUGCAGCUGUCAGUGUUGGACUGGAACAGACCGUCUCUGGACUUCUACCUGGCUAAAGGAGCUCAAGACCUGACCGCCACUGAAGGCUGGCAUUUCCUGCGCUUUGAUGGAGAUGCUAUGGAAAAACUGGCUCAGGAAGCUCCAUAGAAACCAUGUUUUAUGUUUAAAAUGAGUAUUAAAUAACACUUUUCAGUGCUUUCCAAAAAAUGUUUACCACCUGUGGGAGCAAAUAUUUUGAUUUCUGUUGUCUUAUCACCCAUGUAGCCUGGGAACAAAUAUUUAAGAUCUGUUUAUAAAAGCCAGUUUUAUAAAUAUGUAACUCCUCUGGCGUUGUGGUGUAACGGUUUUUCGUAAUCUUGUAACUGAAUGAUUUGCAAGAAAAUGAAUAAGAUCUGAGAUAUGA